CCACGAUCCAUAGUACCACGUGGUGAGAUCACUUACAUCCGACAUCGACGCUGAAGACCGCUAAUUAAUUACCUCAAAAGGGCCACGCGAUGCCUCCAUUUCUCUCCAAAGUCUGGUUCCGCCCACGUAAGAAGCAAGACAAGGACCAACCAGAUGCUUCUAGACGAGUUUCAGACCCUUCUUUGCUUGAAGGAAAAUUUGAACGAGUUUCUCCAAAUCUCUCCCCCGUUGGCGACAGCUUUUCCGGUGAGCUGGCAGGGAGUGGUCAUGAGCAGGAGAAGGAAGGAAAGAGGGAGAAAGAUAAAGGGGGAAGACCAUCGAAGGAGCCUUUUUCACUUCUUCGGAGCAAAUCAGCAGAGCCCUCUGCUUCGUCGGACUCCUCUACGCGGAAUCGGGACUACUACCUUCCAUUGAAUCUUCCUGGUCCGAAGGGUGAUUCCAGAAUACGACCGCUAGGAGUUGUGUUUGAAGGAGAUGCAGAUCCGGAAGGAGUUCUCUCAGAUGCAGUGAUUGGAAGGCGACAGUUAUCUCCUCAGGAAACAUUGACUUUAGUUCGCGUAUGCUCGCAGGAGAUAAUGGCCAGAGGUCUAGAGACACUUGGAAUAAUGCACCCUCAUUGGUAUUCAGCUUCACGGGAAACACAGCGGAGAAUCAUCUCGCUCUUCAUACAAUCUUUGGCAACCAACGGCCCACCAAACACACUCUCUACCGAUACUUCCCCUUCAUCUUCCUCCUUCGAUUCACAAAUCGUUUCAACUCGCCCGCAUGACGUAGCUGCUGUUUUGCGGUGGGCUGUCCGCCAUCUUCAACUCGAGGGGUCGUCGUUCGGGAUAGACAAGCACUGGUAUCAAACAUUCUUCGAUGCUGAAAGGAACGCAUCCUAUCCUCCCCGUGCUUUCACCGAAAAACUCGUGCCCCUGGUUUCGAAGCACCAUCUUGACCUCCUAAAUGCUACGUUAGCGCUGGUCUCUUCGCUUGCCGCUCAUGCUGAAGCGAAUAGCAUCAGUGGAAGCAAACUCAGCAUGUUACUGGGUUUGUGUCUGUUUACAUCUCAGCGGUCGGAAGCGGGUGAUGACUGGCAGACGUUUUAUACUCGCUGGGAAAGGAAUGGUCGGAUGUUGGAGCACUUGUUUUUGUGCCAAAUCAGGGAUGAGGCUGCCGUUAAUCCCGUACCCAAGCGACUGACGGAACUUACUCGACAAUACCCCUAUUCAUCUGCGCCAAGCUCUGAAGGACUUCUUGCCCGUUCUCGGUUCUCAACUCUUCGGUACGAUGCGUUAUACGUCCGUGUUGAAUCAGAGCUACCGCAUUCAGAUUUCAAACCAACAAAGUCUUUGAUAUACCUUCUUCAAACAGCACUCAAGGCCGAGCUCAUUGGGGCCAACGGAGAAACCAAGGUACUAUGGGAGAAGCUUAGGCAAGUUGUUUCCGCCGAUGGGGAAAUUGACAUCUACAAGAUCCUUUCCGAUGAGACUAUCCAACUUUUCUCUCUCGCUGAUCCCAUUAUCACCACCGGUCCCGCCCUUAAGCUGGAUAUUCCGAAUGGUGGCACUCGGAGAAGGUCUUUGUCUCUAGAUGGAAGGGAACAGCACGGACCACCUGCACCUUCCUCAAGUCGGCGCCAGCAAAGUGCUUUUGAAGCAACCAGCUCCCCCACGGCGCAGAGUAGCGGCGACAAUCAAAUCGGGUUGGAUUGGUCACAAUUCUCGACUAGUGGAUUCCUUGAUUCCGGAGUUCUAGGAGCACCUCUGGCUGAGACUCUGUUGGACAAGGAUCUUGAAGUCACCAAACCUCCCUCAGGAACUCCACCAGGAAGGAAGUCACCCAGUAGGAAAUCAUCUGAACGGAGAGGCGUCGUCGGAAAAGGACGAAAGUCAUUGGAUGCUCUGCCUCCGAUCACUAUCCCAAAUUCCCCCACAACUAAAGGAGAGCAGAAAGACCAGCCAAACGACAACGAAUCCACGGUCGUUUCACGUACCACUCAAGUGUCUCUCGUCAAGCUGGACGAAGCCUUCAUCGAUUUCUGGGCAGACGCGGUUUUGGAUCCUAUUUCUGAGAGUUGGCCUCGGUUCGCUAUAUGCCGAUUGGUACCUCUCCCUGGUAUAGAGGUUGAAGUUGCCGGUAAAGGUCCCAAACCUCUGGAAUGGAUGGUCGUUGAGCAGAAACUCGUGAAACCUACUCCUCCUCCUGAACCAGUCCCCUCGUCCGCAGCAGAGACCGUUUCCCCCACUGUGGAAUCGUCACGCCCGACGUCCCCGAGACCGUCGAUGAAGUCGUUCGGAUCCUCAGCGAAGAAGAGGUUCACGUUUUGGUCGUCGUCUGACAAGGAUAGGGACCACGAUGACGACAAGGGAAAGUCGAAGAAGAAGGGUGUAUCUUCGUCGCCCAAGGUUGGAGAAAUGGGUGAGAUUCUGAAGGAGGAGGAUGAAGGCCCUGUGAAUGAUAACGUUGUUCAAGAACGAAAACGUCAGGAGAUACCGGCUCUGAAGGAGGAGAGGGGGAAGGUUAGCAAUGCUGGUGCUUCGGCUGGAGCGGGCGCGCUCGCCACUGGCAUCGUUGCGGCCGGAGUUGCUACGGGCGCCACGUCGGGUGCUGUUGAUGAGGGUAAGAACGAGAGGUCGGAAGUCGAGCCAGCAGAGGAGAAAGUGAUAGAAGCACCCAAGGAAAUGAAAGUCAACGACGAGGGCGAUGAGAGCAAGAUUGAGGAGAAGGUGGCCGUUUCAGAGUCAGAUUCAACCGCUGACAUAACUGCAGCAGCGGCAGGAGUCGUUCCCGGUUCCAUCACAGAGGACGAGAAGAAAGAAACCGAAUCGCAUGUUGUUUCCGACGCACAGGUCAAGGUGCCCGACGAUGCCGCUACUACCACAGGACUUGCAGACGUACCGACCGCAGGAGAAUUCAAAACUGUAAAUGGGGCGGGGGUUUCCGCGCCCGUGGCUCUUGCGGUCGAGAACGAAGCCGAAGUUGCUUCCCCCCCAGGAUUGAAUGUAGCCAAAGUUGCGCCCCCAACGUCUGUUGACCUUUCCUCAGAACCAAUUCAGGCUACCCAAGGCGUUAUACCGCCCUCGGGGACUGCUGCACCUGAAGAGGUCACCGAAGCUGUUGUUCCCUCAAUUCAGCCUGAAGAAGUCUCUCCUGUCGAGAUGACUGUAGCUGAUGAAGUACCUGUAGAGACUGCAGCUGUGGUUUCCGAACAUGUAGGCACUGUAGAAGAGGUUUCACCGCCUGUUGAAACGCCUGCAGGCAAAGACGUUGAGACCGCGGUCGAAGCAGCUCCACCCGUAGAGAAGGGUGCACCUGAGGAAGCCAAUGAAACUUUUGAGCAUACCAACGGGAAGACACCCAUGCACGACGAGAAAGAGGCGCCCGCGACUCUACUUGCGCAGACAUCCGACGUGGUGGAGAUUUCAGAACCUCUAAGUCAACCUGAAGCGACAGAGGCGGAAGAAGUUGCUUCAGAGGUCGACCACGUUGAGGAGGCACAUGUAAAGGCGGUAGUCGAGCCCCCCGCAGAGGUUUCUCCUCGUGAAGUGGUUGAAGAGACAACGGCUGAAGCCCAGGAACCCAAAUCCAUUUUCGUCGAUGAGGAGCUGCAAUCCCACCCUGUUGCCAUCUCAGAAGAGAAAGUGGAAGUUGAGAGUGAACCUGUUCACAGACCGGCCGACGAUUCGAAUGUGCCGGGGCCGGUCACUCAAGAGGGUUUAGAGGAAUCUAAACCCGCCAUUAUCGACGAGCAGACGGAACAAGAUACAGCCGUUUCUUCCGAGCCUCAGGUUCUCUCAUCAGAUGUUCCAGUAAUGCAGUCAUUGGAGACACAAGACGAAACCGUUCAGCAUGAUCCACAGCCAAUUGGAACUGACGUCGAGCCCAUAUCGAGUGCAGCUAUCACGGACAUCAAGGAUGACGACGCGUCAGCCGUACCCCCAGAAGACACCAAAGUUGGGAGUGUGCCCCAAUCUCAUACUGAGACGGUUGAAGCAGGAGCAGUUGAAGACGUUGCUGCAGCAGGCGAUGAAGAAGCAAAACAAGUUACAUCCGAACAUUCUUUGGAGGACAGCGGGGAAGUUAUGACGACCAACGAGACCAUAGAACCGGCCAAGAAGGAACUGGACGGGAUCACUUCCAACGGGCAUACGGAAGCACCGUUGACAGUUACGGAUCCUGUCGAGGGUGGUGCAGGCGAGAAACCAGCCACAGUCGAAGAACCAAACAACGGGAAGAAAAUUGAGCCUGAAUCGCCACUUACCGCAGCGGAUGUUUUGCCCCAGGUACUUGGAAUAGGUGAUGACGAGGAAGGCGUGAAAGGAGCUCCAGUUCUGGCGGAGUACGAGUCUCAGGCCACUCAGUUGACGGACGAGAUACCUCCUGUCGAAGAUGACAAGGUGCAAGUUGGUACUGAAGCCGUUGAAAAGACCCGAAAUAUUACUGAUGAAACAUACGAACACGUAGAAAGCGAGGCGGCUCAAACAUCGCAACAGGAGAAGGAAGUGGAAGUGCUGGACGAAACGCUAGAGAAGAAGCCAGAGGAUGCUCUCGUUCAUACCGACUUAAUACAUGACAAUUCGGCAGCGGCAGAGAACGCUGUAUCACUUCCUCCUGUACCGGUUGUCGAGGCGGAAGCAAUACCCCCAGUUGAGCCUACAUUCAUCCCAGACUCUCCUCCCACAAAGCCCCUUGCGACACACGCCUACGCCGAUGCCACGCCAGUUGUUGACGAUGCCCUUCCACCCGCACCGGCGAGUGUGGUCUUGUCUGGUGAUACACCUGGACCCGAGAUUGCGUUGAGCUCAAGCGAACCUGCUGCCCAACAACUUGCAUCAGACGUUGCUCGUCCGAAUCAAGGAAACGGAAGCGACAAAGAAGAAGUUGGUUCCGCACCCACUCAUACCCAAGAGCCUGUAAAAGAUGUCCAAGAAGCAUGACUUCGUUCACUACUGCUGGCUCAUUCCCUUUGAUACCCUAUUCAUGUCAGUCUACUGGUGUUAUCUGUCUCAUUUACGCAGCGCUUCUAUCUGUUCAUUUCCAACUCGUAAUGUGAGAUUACAAUCACACAACACGCCAUACAGUGUUAUUCAAUACCACCC